AUGAGUUCUGUCCUUGACUUUGUUGGCCUUCUUGUUCUUGUUUACUCUGUGCACUGCUAUACUAUACAGGCAUCGUAUGAGAAGAGCACCGAAGACCACUCAGAAAACACUGUUGAGGAUGACGACUUCUCCGUUUCCACGCUGAUUGAGAGAGCCAAUGUGAAUGUCGGUCGGAACCUGAAUGACCCCGUGGUGAUGUACGGCGACAUUGCGGUGGACAGCGGCCUGCAGAACGCGGAUCCCUGCACUGCACGAGGGUGUUUGUGGCCAAAAGCCUCUGAUGGGAAUGUUUAUGUUCCCUACCGCAUCUCCAACCAGUACUCCCGAAGGGAGAGAAACACCAUCAUCGCGGGCUUUCAGUUGUUUACUCAGUCCACCUGCAUUCGGUUCACCCGUCGAAACAGACAGAGAGACUUCGUGGACAUUCAGUCUCGCUCGGGGUGUUUCUCAUUUGUUGGCCGUCGUGGGAGAGCACAGGUGGUGUCUCUGAGUCGUAACGGGUGUGUGUUCGAGUCCGUUGUCCAACACGAGCUCCUUCAUGCUCUGGGCUUCAACCAUGAGCAGACCCGUUCUGACAGGGACCAGCAUGUUCGCAUCCUGCUGCAGAACGUCACCCCCGGACAAGAGCAUAAUUUUCGGAAGAUCGACACCAGGAACCUCAACACUCCCUAUGACUACAACUCCGUCAUGGAGUAUGGAAGGUUCGCCUUCUCAAGGAACAGACAGCCGACCAUCUUACCAAUCCCUGAUAACAGCGCAGUCAUUGGGAGAGCCGAGCGGAUGAGUCCUGUAGACAUCCUGAGAAUCAACCGUCUCUACCAAUGCAGUAGCUUUCUGUGAGGAAAUGUCUCCAGUGGGGCCCAACCAGAUCUGCAUUCACCUCCAUUCACCUCCAGUUUGAUUGGCGCUGGAGGUGACACCGAGAAUCUGUGAAAAUAAAAGUACAAUUUGAUGCAAAA